AUGAAUGAUAAUCAAAAGGUCAAUUUAUUUUUUGUAUCAGGUUUGCCAUUGGAUGUUACAGAAAAUGAAAUGAAGGAAUAUUUUUUGCCUGACCAUGAAAUAAGCCAUUGCAAAUUAUAUAGUACCCAUUGUGGUAUAAAAAGUAGUUAUGGCUAUGUGGGACUUAAAAGUAAAGAAAUAGAUAUUCAAGAAUAUGUAAAAAAUAAAAAAUUAAAAAAUAAGGAUAUAUUUAUUGAACUUAUUGAUGAAGAGAAUGAAAGUGAUAGUAACAUCAAUGAUAAUGUAAAUAGUGAUGAUCAUCAUCAAAGUGAUGACCAUAUCCAAUGUGAUGACCAUCGUCAAAGUUGUUUGAAAGAGAGCUCCUCUUGUGAACAAGAAGAACCUAAUACAAAUAACCCAUCUAAUUUAAAUGAAUCCAUUUUUGAUGAUACCAAUGACACAAAUAAAAAUGAUAAUAUUUGCUACAAUAAUGUUAUAUUAAAAAAAAAGAAAGGAAGAAAAAAACAUAUAAAAAUUAUCAACAAAAAUGGAGAUAUAACAAAAGAAGGGUUAUCGAUAUUAGAAAAUAUGAGCAUGCAAGAAGUUGUAAUAUUAAUAAUUAGAAUUCAAGAGUUAGUACGUAUGGAUCCUCAAACAGCUAUUAAAAUGUUAGAUGAAAAUAAAACUAUUUAUUAUUCCUUGGUACAUGCUCUUUUUCUUUUGGGUAUAUUAAAUGUAGAAAUAAGUCCUUUAGAUAAUGAUGAAAUUAAAGAAAGUCAUUUAUAUCAAAUGAAAAAUUAUUUUCAAUAUAUCUGUAUGAAUGAUAAAAAAUCCAAAGUUCAAGAUUUUAAUGAACCUAAAGCUCUAGUGGAUGAUGAAAGUGAAAAUUAUUCUUGUGAUGAUUCAUCUGAAGAAUAUGAAGAAGAAAUUAUAAAUGAAGAUGUAAUAAGUGUAGAAGAAAAUCAAAAUGAAAUAAAUGACAAUUCUGUGAUAGAUGGUAUGGAUAAUACAUUUAAUAGUGAUAAUAUAAUAUAUGAUGAUAAUAAUAAUGAUUAUAAUGAUGAUUAUCAUAAUGAUGAUUAUGAAUAUGGUGAUGAUUACCAUCAUAAUUUAAUAAAUAAAAAAGCUACACAUGUAAACAAAAAACCAUUAUAUAAUAACCAUCAACCUUAUAUUUAUAAUAUGAAGAAUGAUAAAAAAAGGAAAAUCCAGGAUACUCCAAAGGAUAUAUUAAAUAAUGAGAAUUAUAAUUAUGGUGAUAAUAAUAUAACAUAUGAAGACAUAUAUUAUAAUAUGAAUAAUGAUACUAGUAUGGAAUAUAAUAAUAUGAAGGGUAUGAAUAAUCAUAACCAAUUUAAUAACAUGCGAAUGAAAAAUAAACAAAAAAAAGAUUAUCUAAAUAAAUCUUCAAUGCAAGAAUGUAUAAAGGUAAAUGACUCAUCAAGAAACAACAACAAUAAUAUAAAUAGUAUGAAUAAUAAUAAUAUGAUUGGAUCAGGAAAUAUAUUCAUACCAUUGGACAAAAGGAAAGGAAAUUUUUAUGGAAAUAAUCGAAUGAACAUGAAAAAUAAAACUAGUAUGCCAAUGGGAAAAAAUAUUAAUAAUAAUAAUAUGAAUAAUAUCAAUAAUAUCAAUAAUAUGAAUAAUAUCAAUAAUAAUAAUAUGUUUCAAAAGGGUGUGCCUAAACCACUAUAUAGCUUCAAUAAAAAUAAAGAAGUUAACAGAAAUAAUAUUAACUAUGAUGAAAAUGAUGCAAAUAGUGGAGACACACAAUUACAUAAUUAUAAUAAUAAUUAUAGUAAUAAUAAUAAUUUAUUAAAAUCAAAUAAAGAAAACAAAAACCAUAAUGAGAACACUCAUUUUUAUAACCCAACAAAUUAUAAUGCUAACAAUAAACAACAAGUUUAUAGAAACAAGACAGAUUUAAGAAAUGACAAUGUUCCAAAUAAAUUAAUAAACAAAAUAAAACAUACAAAUAAUAAUAAUCAAAGAAGAGGAAUCAAAUUAAUAGAUAGAAAAAAUAAUCCUGAAGAAAGUAAUUAUAAUGAGAAUAAAAUAAAAAUUAAAUGUAUUAAUAUUGAAGAAGAAGAAGAAAAAAAUAAAAUAAAUCACAACAACAAUAAUUUGAUGACAAAUCCAAUUAAUAGUAAUCUAGCUUUACUUCUUAAAAAAUUAAAAAUUUCCUUGAAUGAUAUUCCUUAUGCUGAAGAUGAUUUAAUCAAAGAAAUAAUAAAUGAAAAAUCUAUUCUUCAAAAUAUAUUAAUAAGUAAAUAUGUAGACAUGUUAAAUUGGACAAAUGAACAGGUAUUACGUGUAUUGUCAAUCAGAAAAACAUUAAAGAAAAUUGGUUAUAAUAUAAAUGGUGUUAUAUAA